AUGCUGAAAAAUCUCCUUAGGUUCAGACCUAUCGGGUGUGCCCAGUUUUUUCACACAUCCUGUUAUAUUCGGAACUCAUGUGAAAAGCAAUCCACGAAACCUUCCAAUUUAAUUAAGUCAUAUUUCGAACUUGGUCGUUUCAGUAAACCGACAGGUACUUGGCUUCUCUAUCUCCCCUGCACAUGGGGCAUCGCAGUGGCUACACCACCUGGACAACUACCGGACUUUUACAUGUUAGCCCUAUUUGGUAUAGGAUCCAUUUUGAUGCGAAGCGCUGGAUGUACUAUAAAUGAUAUGUGGGAUCAGAAGUAUGAUAAGCUUGUUAAACGCACAAAAGACCGUCCUUUGGCUUCGGGUUCCCUUACGUACUUCCAAGCUCUUUCAUUUCUUGGCUUGCAGCUAUCAGCUUCACUUGUGAUCUUGCUGCAGUUGAACUGGUACAGUGUAUUUCUUGGCUUCCUGUCUAUGGUUCCUGUUACUACGUAUCCCCUGUUUAAACGAUUCACUUAUUGGCCGCAACUUGUUCUUGGUUUAACAUUGAACUGGGGUGUUUGGCUUGGCUAUUCCGCAAUAAAUGGUUUUUGUCUUUUCUCCGUGUGCGCUCCUUUGUAUUUAGCUGCAGUGUUUUGGACUUGCACGUACGAUACUAUAUAUUCUCAUCAAGAUAUUGAUGAUGAUAUCCGUAUAGGUGUCAAAUCAACUGCCAUUCUAUUUGGAGAAAACACUAAACCAUAUUUGGCCCUUUUUCACACGGGAAUGACAGCGUGUCUUCUCACUGUUGGAAUUAAUGCUGAUGCCGGUUGCAUUUAUUACCUUGGGACUUUAGGCACUAUGUUGCAUAUAGCUCAUUUGAUACGAAAAGUAGAUUUGAAGAAUCCUACUUGUUGUUGGCAAACGUUUAAAGCCAGUAGAACAUCUGGUCUUUUGUACUUUCUUACUAUUGCACUCGAUAAGAUAUGCGCCUAA